GGCUGGCGUAGGUGAGCGUUCUAAGUGGUCGGGGAACACUGGCAGGGUUUAUGAACUCUUUGUUUAGAGAAGGAUCCACUAUCUCGAAAUGCAAAGUUACACUGUGUGCCUCGGGAUGUUUGUUCAUUGAAGCAAGGAUUCCUGUCAGCAACAAGGACCCACGGGCUUAACAAGGACUCCCAACUUGUCUGAAACCAGGAUUUAAAAUGCUUCUUUGUUUGAGACUCCUUUUACUGACUUUGGCAUAUUAUGUGCAAGGUGAUAUAUUGAGUGACUAUGCUGAAACAAAAGGAGCCUGGAUUUCUUCUGUGAGAGAAGUGAGGUAUCCCCUGCUCAGUGUUGAAGAAUGUGCAGCAAAGUGUAAUGCAGAAAGCACCCUUCUCUGCAGGGCCUUCCUCUAUAAUCCAAAGGAUCAGGACUGCAUCCUGAAAGCGGAAAACAGUCGCAUGCAUGAGGUGUUGAGAAGAACAAACGCUAUCCUCUAUGAGAAAAAAGUUUUUCUCUUGGAAUGCAAAUCAGGCAAUGGAGUCACCUACAGAGGAACGGCCUCAAAAACUCGCUCGGGAAGGACCUGCCAGACCUGGAGCAGCAUGCAACCACACAUACUGAACUACACACCAGAAAACAGUCCACACGCGGAUCUGGAGGCAAACUAUUGCCGAAAUCCUGACAAUGAUACAGAAGGCCCCUGGUGCUACACUCAAGAUCCGGAAAGGCGCUGGGAGCACUGCCAGAUACCCAGCUGUGAAGCAGACUGCAUGUUCUGCAGUGGAGAGAACUACCGCGGGAGAGUUUCCCAAACAGAAGAUGGCAUCACGUGCCAGCGUUGGGACUCACAAAGACCCCACCUCCACGGGUACAAUCCAACCUCUAUUCCUGAUAAAUAUCUGGAGGAGAACUACUGUCGGAAUCCAGACGGGGAGCCCAGGCCAUGGUGUUUAACGACAGACCCCCAGAAAAGAUGGGCAUUCUGCAAUAUCACGCGUUGUGAGGAAGAGCCUCCUGCCAUCGAAGCAGAGAUGGAGUGUUACACGGGCAAGGGCCAUACCUACCGGGGAACUGUAUCAACAACCAUUUCCGGUGAAACCUGUCAACGCUGGAGCUCUCUAGUCCCGCACAAACACUUGAGAACCCCCGAGAAUUACCCCUGCAAAGGACUGGAGGCUAACUACUGCCGGAACCCAGACAACGAGAAGGAGCCCUGGUGUUACACAUCCAACCCAAGCAUCCGAUGGGAAUACUGUCAGGUGCCAAAGUGUGGUGUUCAGCAAGCAGUGUCAGUUCAUGAAGGUGGACCCACUGACUGCUAUGUUGAUAACGGGUUUGACUACCGUGGAACUACUGCUGUGACAUUGACAGGGAAACGAUGCCAGGAAUGGGCGUCAAUGAGACCACACAGACAUGAAAAAACACCGAGGAAUUUCCCUGAAGCGGGGCUGGUUAACAAUUUUUGCCGAAACCCUGACAAUGACGAGGCACCUUGGUGCUACACAACUGAUCCGCUCGUCCGGUGGGAAUACUGCAGGAUUUCCAAAUGCGAGACCCCGGAAUCUCAACGGCCUGAAGUAAAACCUGUCCCUGUAGCUCCCACAGCAGAGGCAGAGCAGGUCCCCGCCACCUCAGACGAUUGUAUGAUCAGCAACGGAGAGACAUAUCGUGGGACCCGCUCGACCACGUCAAGUGGCCGGACUUGCCAAAACUGGUCAUCGAUGACCCCCCACUUCCACAGAGUCUACACCCCUGACUCCCACCCUAAAGCGGGACUGGAAAGAAACUAUUGCCGAAAUCCAGACGGGGAUCUCAGAGGCCCAUGGUGUUACACAACAGAUCCAGAUAAGCGAUACGACUAUUGUGAUAAUAUUCCACGAUGUGUUCUCACUGAAUGUGGAACACCUGUUAUUGAACCCAAGAAAUGCUUUGGACGUAUUGUUGGUGGCUGCAUAUCCAAACCACAUUCCUGGCCUUGGCAAGUCAGUGUACGCACUAACACUGGUUUGCAUUUCUGUGGAGGAAGUCUUAUUGAUCCCGAAUGGGUCCUCACAGCUAAACACUGCAUUAACGGGUUUUAUAGACCUUCAACUCUCAAAAUCUACCUUGGAAUACACAAAGAGAGUGCCAGGGAACAAUCAAGACAAAUAAGAGAUGUGGAAGAUUAUUUUCUUCAUCCCCAGAGUGAUCUUGCCUUGUUAAAGCUCCAACGGCCAGCGGUCGUGAACGACAAGGUCGGAAUAGUCUGCCUGCCUGAAUCGGGUUUUAUAUUAUCGAGUGGAGCAGAAUGCUACGUUACAGGCUGGGGUGAAACACAAGGAACAGCUGGAGCUGGGGUUUUAAAAGAGGCAGGAUUCCCUGUGUUUGAAAAUAAAGUCUGCAAUCGCCCCGCAUACUUGAACGGAAGGGUGAAGGACUCGGAGCUGUGUGCUGGAAAUGUGGAUGGAGGUGUUGACAGCUGCCAGGGUGACAGUGGAGGUCCAUUGGUCUGCCCGGAUGCCCAGGGCAGAUACAUCCUCCAAGGAGUGACAUCAUGGGGACUCGGCUGCGCAAUGCGGAUGAAGCCAGGAGUUUAUGUUCGGACAUCCUUUUUCAUUGACUGGAUUACAAAUAUCAUGAGACAUGGUUAGGCCGGAUGCAGCAGUGUAUAAUCAAUACAUGUUCAAUCAGGACAUGAAAUUCUAACCUGUGAAAUAUUAAGUUCUUUUAUUCGCAUACGUUUGACUUUUACUUCACCAGGAGGACUUUAGGUAGUUCCUUGACAGCAUGAGGUUAAUACACGAGAUGGAUGGGGUGGGGAGGGGGCAAAUGUAGCUGUUUAAUCUCGAGUAUUGAUGUAAUCUGGCAUAGUCAGCUGAUAAAAAUGACAGGUUUAACUCAAUCUGUUCAUUAUUCAUAGUCUUUAAUAAAAAAAUAUAAACUUGUAUGGAUGGAUUCUGAAUGGCCAGAUUAGUUGUGGUAGCAUCCAUGAAAAUACUGACUGAAUGUUCAAUGGUAUAGACAGGGAAUUAAUGGUAUAGGCAUGCACAUGUCGAACCUGGAGUCUGGUUUCUGGAGAAGAAAUGAAUAUUAACCUCCUUAUGUAACUACCACUUCUACAUAAUUGCACACGUAAAUUGUUCUCUCCUCUCUUAUGAAAUGGCAAAUAAAGAGAAGUGCACUAACAAAACUGACUUCCAGCCACGAGUGUUUCCCUGAAGAGGCAGAGCUGAGAACUGACUAGGCCUGCACGGCCCUUUUAAAUGUAAAAAAAUAUACAAGUUGGUAGUGUGGGUCUGGAGCCAUGACCUCCUGUACCUUAUAAAGUGGUCAUUGAGUGUAUGUUCAUGGUCUUCUGCUGCUGCGACCCUUCCACUUCAAGGUUCAAUGCACUUAGAGAUGCUCUUCUGCCCAUCACUGUUGUAAUGCGUGGUGCUUUGAAUUACUGUCACCUCCCUCUCAGCUUGAACUAGUCUGGCCACUCUCCUCUAACCUCUCUCAUUAACAAGACAUUUUCACCCACAGAACUGCUACACUCUGGAUGCUUUUUGUUUCUCUCAUAAUUUUCUGUAAAUUCUAGAGACUGUUGUGCAUGAAAAUCCCAAGAGAUCUGUGAUCCCUGAGACACUCAAACCACCCCGUCUGACACCAACAAUUAUUCCACGGUUAAAGUCACUUAGAUCACACUUCUUCCCCAUUCUGAUGUUUGGUCUGAACAUCAAUUGAACCUCUUGACCAUAUCUGUAUGCUUUUAUGCAUUGAGUUGCUGCCACAUGAUUGACUGAUUAGAUAUUUGCAUUAAUGAGCAGGUGUACCUAAUAAAGUGGCCACUGAGUGUACAUAAUCACUCACUUAA